AUGAUCCGAUCCAACGCCCUUCCCUUGAGGGGAACAUUACGUGCUUUGCAGCCGAGAAUUAAUAACUACCGCCUAACCGCUGCGCAACAACAGAGGCAUUACCGGGUCUCUGCUCGGAAUUGUGCGAACGGACGACCUCAGUCGUUCAAGAACCAGCUCUAUGAGAGUACACAACAACGGCUGAAGCGUGAGCGCGCUGAGCAAGAGCGUUACGCACAAUAUCAGACUCAGUCGCAGGGAGGUCGCUAUACAGCUCUAACAUUUGCUUUGGUGUUCUUCUCUACUGGAGCCUAUUUCCUAGGGACUCUAAAGCCGCCAAGUCUUCCGACGUCAUCAACAACGAACAUUCUCGAACUAGAGCCGCCGCGUCACAAUAUUUCUCAGUCGAACCUCCAAGCCGCAUGGGCGGACUUCGUUGAUAUAAUAGGAAAAGAGAACGUUUCCACAGAGAAUGGGGACUUGGAAAUACAUUCAGGGUCAGACUGGUCUUCCUAUUCUCGGAAGGAAACCGAAAAGCCUUUCCUUAUCCUCUAUCCGUCGACCACGGAAGAGGUUUCUCAGAUAAUGAGGGUUUGCCAUCGGCGAGUUAUUCCAGUGACGCCGUACUCAGGUGGCACUAGUCUAGAGGGACAUUUUGCAUCCACCCGGGGCGGCGUGUGUAUUGAUUUCCGCCGCAUGAAUCGCAUUUUGGCUAUUCAUAAAGAAGACCUUGACGUAGUGGUGCAGCCUGCUCUUGGUUGGGAAGAGCUAAAUGAGCAGAUUUCGCAAGAUGGUCUAUUUUUUCCACCUGAUCCUGGCCCGGGUGCCAUGAUAGGUGGGAUGGUAGGCACUGGCUGCUCAGGGACGAAUGCCUAUAGGUACGGUACAAUGCGAGAAUGGGUCCUCUCUCUAACUGUAGUUCUUGCGGAUGGCACUAUAAUCAAGACCAGGCAGCGUCCGCGGAAGUCGAGUGCUGGCUAUGAUCUUACCAGGCUCUUUAUUGGGAGCGAAGGGACCCUUGGCCUUAUCACAGAAGCAACGCUGAAAUUAACGGUCAAACCCAAGAGCCAGAGCGUCGCUGUUGCAAGCUUCCCGACAGUUCAAGAUGCUGCAAAAUGCGUGGCACAUGUGGUGGAAGAUGGUAUCCCGGUUGCCGGUGUGGAAAUUCUAGAUGAUGUGCAAAUGAAAUGUAUAAAUGACAGCGAAGCAACUAGUCGACGGUGGAAGGAAUCACCCACCUUGUUCUUCAAGUUUACAGGAACACCCACCGGUGUCAAUGAGCAGGUAAGCACAGUACGAAAGAUCGUUUCUUCCAGUGCGGGCCAAUCCUUUGAGUUUGCCCGCAACGACGAGGAGAUGCGAGAGCUAUGGAGUGCCCGAAAACAAGCUCUCUGGAGCGUAAUGUCUAUGAGGCGAGGCCCGGAAGACCAGGUUUGGACUACUGAUGUGGCAGUACCCAUGAGUAAACUGCCCAGCAUCAUCGAAGCCACGAAACAAGACAUGACUCAAAGUCGACUGUUGGCAGGAAUUUGUGGUCACGUUGGGGAUGGUAAUUUUCACGCCAUCAUUCUAUUCAAUGACAAUGAGAGAAAAACUGCGGAAGCUGUUGUUCACCGGAUGGUGAAGCGAGCAGUAGAGAUGGAAGGGACUGUUACAGGUGAACAUGGUGUUGGACUCAUUAAACGUGAUUACCUCGAACAUGAACUGGGCGAGUCUACGGUGGAUGCGAUGCGGCGGCUAAAACUAGCGUUUGACCCGCUUUGUUUACUUAAUUGCGACAAAAUCGUUCGAGUUGAGCAACCGAUGCCAGAAGAGGUUAAGGCAUGGUGA